GCCCAGUCGGUCGGUAGUCGUCAACGGGGAAGCAUCACACCUCAUCCUGAGGAGUGCAACAAAGUACUGUGCAAAAUUAGUUCAAUUCGUUGUUGUGGCCAGUGUCACUAUAGGCUUGGGAAUGACUGCCAAGUAUAAACAAACAAGUACCAACGGAUUACAGGCAAGAAAGCUCAACGUUGCUGUUGUCGGGGGUGGACUGGUAGGCUCUCUGCUGGCACUACACCUAGGCAAGAAGGGUCAUGAAGUGGAACUGUACGAGUUCAGAGAAGACAUCCGCACAGCCGAGCUGGUCAUCGGUCGGAGCAUUAACCUUGCACUGUCCGCUCGUGGACGCAAAGCUUUGGCCGAAGUGGGCCUCGAGGACGCACUGCUCAAGCAUGGCAUCCCAAUGAAAGGCCGCAUGUUACACGAUCUGAAAGGAAACCGUAAGUUCGUUCCGUACGACGCCAAUACUAACCAGUGCAUAUACUCGGUCGGACGAAAACAUCUGAACGAGGUGCUUCUCGAUGCUGCGGAAAAGUACCCUAAUAUUCACCUUAAUUUCAACAAAAAACUUGUGAAAGCUAAUCUGGAUGAAGGAAGUCUUAAUUUCAUUGACCCCCUUACGGAAGAAACUAGCCAAGCCAAUGCCGAUCUGAUAGUAGGCUGUGACGGAGCGUACAGUGCGGUGCGUAAAGAAAUCAUCAAAAGGCCUGGGUAUGACUUCAGUCAAACUUACAUCGAACAUGGCUAUCUCGAACUUUGCAUACCCCCGACCAAGGAGGGUGAAUUCGCUAUGCCUCACAAUUACCUACACAUUUGGCCACGAGGCAAAUUCAUGAUGAUUGCCUUACCGAAUCAGGACCGGACGUGGACCGUCACGCUGUUCAUGCCGUUCGAAAAUUUCAGCAGUAUUAAAUGCGACCAGGAACUUAUGAGCUUCUUCCAGCAGUACUUCCCGGAUGCGAUCGAUCUCAUUGGCCGGGAACGUUUGAUCAAGGAUUUCUUCAAAAUCAGACCGCAGACUUUGGUGAUGAUUAAGUGUAAACCGUUCAACGUUGGUGGUAAGGCACUGAUCAUCGGUGAUGCCGCCCAUGCGAUGGUUCCUUUCUACGGCCAGGGAAUGAAUGCUGGCUUUGAGGAUUGUACGGUGUUGACGGAUUUGUUCAAUCGGUAUGGCGGGGACGUUGAGCGAGUGUUGGCGGAGUUUAGUGAGUCGCGUUGGGAGGACGCACACUCGAUCUGUGAUUUAGCGAUGUACAAUUAUGUUGAGAUGCGUGACCUUGUAACUAAACGUUCGUAUUUGUACCGUAAAAAGUUGGAUGAGCUGCUAUUUUGGCUUAUGCCAAAUACGUGGGUUCCACUGUACAAUUCUAUUUCUUUUUCACACAUGCGCUACAGCCGGUGCAUAGCAAAUCGGAAGUGGCAGGAUAUGAUUUUAACGCGCGUUUUGUACUUCUCAUCAGUUACAACAGCUGCAGCCAUCGCCGUGAUAUGCUAUAAAUAUGGCAGUAAGGAUCAGUUGGAACAGUUCACCACCUCAUUGCUUAAGCUAGUUAAUCUAAAAUAACUCUAAUAAUAGUUCAAAGAAACACAAUGCAGUUUAAUUUAAUUGUUUACAACAGUAACCCAAUGAAAUUAUUUAUCUUGUGCAUUUUUUUAUGAAAAUUAAUGAAUAAUGUUAACACGAGUGUAUAUCAACUAUACAUAACACUGUCUUAUGUGAUGAUUAACUAAUUGCUUAUUCUAAAACCAGACGAACAUUAUCGAAAUUUUCAAUAUAUUUGCUUUUAUGAGUUUCGAACAAAUCCUCCAGUGCUGCACAAAAUUUUUCAUGUAAACAUUCAACAUCUUCCUUGGAUGGGUUCACUAGUUUUGUCACUUGAACCGGUGCACCAACUGCAAAUGAAGUUUGUAAUUAACUAUCUUCAAAUAAAUACAAUACAGACAAGCAAUAGGUACUCACCAA